CAUACAUAUACAAUGUCAACAGAUAGUAGUAGUAUUGGUGGUGGUGGUGCUGGUAGUGUUAGUAGUAGUAGUAGUAAUUCAUCUGGCGAAUACUCACAGUGCUAUCUACAAAUACCCCCAGACACAGGCGAUACUACUUGGGUACUGUUGUCAACGAUAUUGGUGCUGGGCAUGAUGCCCGCGCUGGCCUUCUUCGAAGCCGGCCUGCUCAGAUCAAAGAACACGCUGUCAAUCAUCACACAGAUCAUUUCAGGCAUUGUAGUGCUGACCGUGAUGUGGCAGGCAUUCGGAUACUCGCUCACGUUUGGACCCGACCAGGCGGGCAUCAUUGGCAACCUGGACAACGCCUUCCUCAUUGGCGUCAGCUACACCGACUGCAACCCCAACGCGCCACACAUCCCAUCGGCCGCGUACGCCAUGUUCAUGAUGAUGUUUGCCAACAUCACCCCACUGUUGAUGACUGGCGCGUAUGCCGAGCGUGUCAAGUUCCGCUCGUUCAUCGUGCUCACUAUCCUCUGGGAGAUCAUUGUCUUCUACCCUGUCGCGCAUUGGAUCUGGGGUGAUGGCUGGAUGAAGCGCAUGGGUGUUCUGGACUUUGCUGGCGGUAUUGUCAUCCACACCACAGCUGGAGUCAGUGGCACUGUCAUUGCCCUAUAUGUUGGCAAGCGAAAGGACUUUGUAAAGUAUGGAGGUGAGUUCCCUCCUUCAAACAUUCCAUUGGCUGCGCUGGGAGCAGCAUUGUUGUGGAUGGGCUGGUUUGGAUUCAAUGCUGGAUCGGCAUUGGCUGCUGGAUCCAUCGCCACUUCAGCAGUGGCCUCUACUCAGAUUGGUGGCAGUUUCUCUGGAAUUGUCUGGAUCAUACUGUCGUGGCUCAAGGGUAAGCCAUCGACUGUGGCCGUCAUCAAUGGUGUCGUAGCAGGACUGGCGGGAAUCACACCAGCCUCUGGCUACAUCAACUCACAGUACUCCAUUGGCCUUGGCAUCACACUUGGCCUGGCGUCCUACAUCUCAGUGUACAUCAUGAAGCAUCGUCUACAAGUGGACGACGCGCUCGACGUCGGCUCUAUCCACGGCCUCACAGGCAUGAUUGGCGCAAUCGCCAUUGGCUUCUGCGCUCAAAAGUCGAUCAAUCCCGCUGGCGAGAAUGGUGUCUUCUACGGCAACGCCAGGCUGUUGGGACUUCAGGUGAUGGGCGUGGUCGUUGUAGCCGCGUGGUCCAUCAUCGCCACCUAUACAAUCAUCGUGGUCAUUGACAAGCUGAUUGGACUGCGUAUCGACUCGACAGAGGAGGAGUAUGGCCUGGACCUGGUGGAGCAUGGCGAGUACGCCUAUCACCAGAUCUCGUCCAAUGAGAAUGAGGAGCCAAACUACACGCGAAUCAAUCACGAGAUCUUC